AUGUCAGACGAUUAAAUACCAGAGGAACUUUUCAAUGAAUAGAUAAGUGUUGCACCUUCUUUGUAUACACACAGUUCCAUCAUUUAAGAUAUACAAAACAAAAUGAUUCAAUAAAGUUCUAAAAUCCAGAAUGAUCCAGUCAUUCUAAAGACUUCAUUAACAAAUGAUAUAUUCAAGGAAGACAAUUUGGACAUUUCCUAAUUUGACCCAAAUAACCCUAAAUACAAAAGCAAGCCGCAUGAGGUCCUUUUUUAAGUAAACUCCUUUAUAAAAUAUACUUUCUUCUCCUUAUUAUUUACCAUACUAGGACCUUUGGUUAUUCCAAUAUUUAUUUGGACUCAUAAGCAAUUACUAUAUAACUUUCAACUAUUGGGAUUGAAAUGGACAUGUCUAUUGGCCUAUCUUCGAUAUGCGUUGGACUUGGCUUUGAUUAUAGGCUUUAUAUAUCAUCCAAUGAAUUAAUUUUAGCUUCAAUGUAAUAACUUCAUUCUAAUCUCAAUAGUGCUCCUGUAUUUUGUAGUCCAAUUAUUUUCAGAAUUGGUUCUCUAAAACUUAAUGUUGGCCUUCUACCAUCCUUAGAAGAUAGAACUGUUAGAAAAGUUUCCACUUGAAGUCAUACUGAAUAAAUUUGAAAAUCAGAUCAAUCCACUUCGAUGGUGUUAGUAGAGCCCAGAAUUAAUUUAAUUUGAGUUGGAACAGUCUAUAAGAAGGUUGCAUAUUGAACCUGGAUUAUUCAUUUUUUUCUUUAUAGUUCAACCGAAUGAAAAAAGAAGGGAAAAGAUCUCUCAUAAAUUUGAGAACUUGAAAGUGGAAGGCAAGUAUGCUGGAAAUGGGAUAAAAAUGGCAAUAGAAAUAAUUCAAUAUUACAAUGAGUCAUCUCCCUUAUACAUGUACGGCAUAAUCGCCUGUGGUUUCACAAUCAUUCGAUUAUGCAUCACAAUUACAUAUUAAUUCUUUUAACAUGCAGCCCUCAUGUAGAUUAUCAUGUUUAUAGCAAUCACAGCUCUUAACACUUUUGGCUACUUUACUGUAAUAAGCAUCAUUUUAGUAACAUUCAGAGACUUACAAAGGAAGGUAUUUUGCUUGAAUCAACUAUCUCAUUUAAUUUCUGCUUAACAAGUUGAAGAAUAUGAUGAGACAAAAAUAUUCCCCACUUUAAAUUUCCUAUGUGUGCAAUCCUUGUUUUCAUGGUAGAAUUUACGAAAGGUAAUCCUUGAUUAUGGUCUACAAUACUAUCAGAGAGAAAACGCAAUCAUCUCAUUCUGCUUAGAAAUAAUUUUGGUUUUAGUUCUAUUUGCGCUUUUAAACAUGUUCAAUGUGAUAAGUUGUUACUCCUUGGGCGACUCAAGCAAAUUUUCUUUGUUCAUUUUGAUUAGCUUUGAUGUACUUACAAUUAUGUUCCUAUCCAUUCUUGUCGUCCUGUAAGGGGCUCGUAUCAAUAAACAUUUUUAAAUUCACCAAACCAUGUUAAAGAAAAACAUGUUUACUUACUAGCAACUUUCAACGUAAUCAUUCAUUAAGUAGGAGUAUCAUGUGCAACCUUAAGAUUUUAUGUUUAAAACACUUAAAUCUAUACUCGAUAGAAUACAACUGGGAGAUCAAAAUAAAAACUGGUUUUUCUUGUAUUCUUAAUAUGUUUUGAAUGCAAUUGAUUAGGCAUAUUCAGAUUUGUGCUAUGAGGAGGAGAAUAAACCAUUUACUGUCUUGGGAAUAGCUAUGACAUAUAGCUUAGCAUUAUAACUAAUAGCAAGUUUUCUAGGUAUCCUGGGAACCAUAAUCAUAAGUUUAUACUUCAAUGUUGAUUUAUGA